UGGAACACAUGUGUUUUUGUCAUUAUUUUGGUUCCAGAAAAAAAUCAAAUUAAAAUUAAUUCCUUGAAAAAUGAGUGAAAAAAAGCUAAAAACUAUUAAAAAAUUCGACACCGUUUACUGUGCUGACUCGGUCGAAUGGUGUCCUCACGAGGACAACCAAUAUAUGUUCCUUUGUGGCACUUAUCAACUCGAGGAUUCGCCAAAAUCAUCGCAAUUCGACACAAAGUGCAAGAGAAAAGGUCGAAUCUACAUUUUCAAUCUAAAGUUCAAAUCGAAACCCCUCGAUCUAGUCUAUCAGUUGGAAACAAACGCAAUUCUGGAUCAAAAAUGGCAUCCACGAGAGCCGUUAUUUGCUACUGCCGACUCAAAAGGCGUCGUAACUUUGUACAAAUUAUCACCAAACCUCCUGGAAGAAGUCUCAAAAGUAAAUUUGGAUCCCGAAAAUGGCGAAAUUCUUGCUUUGUCGCUCGAUUGGAGUCCCGAUGGCACAAAAAUCAUCGUUUCCGACUCGAAAGGCGGGAUAAAUGUCAUCGCCAACACUCCAAAUGGCCUGCAGCUCGUCCAAAAUCAUCCUUCCGUGCAUUCUUUUGAGGCAUGGACUUGCAUUUUCGACAAAAACGAUCCGAAUGUCGUUUAUACGGGCGGCGACGAUACAUUUUUGAACUGUUACGAUACCCGAACCGACUUUUCGCUUAAAUGGCGGAACAAAAGUCACGGCGCCGGAGUUACAUCUCUCUUGUCUUUCGCUGAAAAUGCGUUAAUUAGCGGAAGUUACGACGACAAUUUACGAUUUUUCGAUACGCGGCAGGUGAAAAGAGCCGUUUUUGAGAAAAACUUGGGAGGCGGCAUCUGGAGAAUAAAGAAAAAUGCCAGAAAUGAACUUUUGACGGCGAACAUGUAUCAUAAUUUUACCGUUUUGGAAGUGAAUGACGACAAUUUUGACAUCACAGCGAGCUAUUUCAAGCACAAAAGUAUCUGUUACGGUGCGGAUUGGUGUCCAGUUGAAGACAAAAAAGGUUGUCAGUACAUUGCGACGUGCUCCUUUUAUGACCAUUUGUUGUGUGUAGCCAAAUAUGGGAAUAAAGAUGACUUGACAGGCGACAUGUAAAGGGCGUCAAAGAAUUUUUUGUCGUU